CAGAGCUGCUGGCGAGCAGGCGGAGAGGAACGGCAUCCGAAAAAAGCGACUUGGAAAAACUACUUAGCGAGCUCCCCGUCUCGGCCUUGAGGGGGCACCAGCAUGAGUCAGGAGUCACUGGAGUCUGAUGGAGACUCUGCUCAGGAUGUAUGUGACUUUAACUGGGAUGAAUACCUGGAGGAGACUGGAACCGUGUCCGUGCCCCAUCACGCCUUCAAACAUGUGGACCAGGGUCUGCAGACAGGUCUGACUCCAGGCAUGAAGCUGGAGGUGUGUGUGCGCUCAGAGCCCGACAGCCCCUACUGGGUCGCCAACAUCAUCACCACAUGCGGCCAGCUGCUGCUGCUACGCUACGAGGGUUACCAAGAUGACCGGCGUGCAGAUUUCUGGUGUGAUCUCAUGACGGCAGACCUCCACCCACUGGGCUGGAGCCGCCAACAUGGAAAGACCAUGAAGGCCCCUGAGGGUGCGCGUGAGAAGCACCAGGACUGGGAGGCUCUACUGGAGAAGGCUCUGGCUGAGGAGUGCAGCGCGCCUGCCAACCUACUGGAACUGCCCCAGCGUGGCAGGGACCCAGUGGAGCUGCUGUGCGCAGGCUGCUACGUGGAGCUCCAGGACAUCGCUGACUCAGGGCUGGCCUGGGCUGCAGAGGUGGAAGAGAAUGUCGGAGGGCGACUGAAGCUGCGUCUGCUUGGCACAGAGGGGCUGCCAGGCACACCUGCAACCGUCUGGCUCUUUUACCUCCACCCACGCCUCCACCCACCGGGCUGGGCCAAAGAGCACAGCUGCACCCUCAGGCCUCCCUCAGAUCUGCUGGCACUGCGGACAGAGGAGGAGUGGGAGGAGGUGAGGCAGAGGAUCAGUGACCUGCCUCAGGAUGACGCUCUGACUGCUGAGCUCAGUAAGGAUCAGCCUGCCAUCCCUGCUCAUUGUUUCAAGGAAGGCAUGAAACUGGAGGCUGCUGACCCUGCUGCUCCUAUUUCCAUUAGGCCUGCCACUGUCACCAAGGUGUUCAGUGAGCAGUACUUCCUGGUGACGAUGGAUGAUCUUUGUGGUAUGGAGGAGUCAGAAGGUGCAGGACGCUCCUUCCUGUGUCACAGAGACAGUCCAGGGAUCUUCCCUACUCAGUGGAGCCUCAAAAAUGGACUCCCUCUCAGCCCCCCACCAGGAUACCAGGGUCCAGACUUUGACUGGGCAGAUUACCUGAAGCAGUGUGAGGCUGAGGCAGCUCCUCAGCACUGCUUCCCAACUGAGCAGUGUGAACACAGCUUCAAAGAGGCCAUGAAACUGGAGGCUGUCAACCCGCUGUCACCUGAGAACAUUCAUGUGGCAACAGUCAACCGGGUCAAAGGCCAGUACAUUUGGCUCAGUCUGGAAGGGCUGAAGCAGCCCAUGCCAGAGAUGAUCGUUCAUGUGGACUCUCUCGACAUCUUCCCCAUCAGCUGGUGUGAGACAAACGGCUAUCCACUCGUCCAUCCCAUCAAACCCACAGUCGCGAAAGAAAGGAAGAUUGCUGUCGUGCAGCCAGAAAAACACCGAAAUCUACCAAAGUCUAUGACACCUGACGCUAUAAGGCAGCAGCUGGCCCACCAGUCAGAAACAGGAUAUGGAAACGGGAAAUACAGCUGUCCCAAGAUAUACUUCAACCACCGCUGCUUCUCUGGGCCCUACCUCAACAAAGGUCGCAUCGCUGAGCUGCCUCAGUUCAUCGGCCCUGGAAACUGUGUCCUCGUCCUCAAAGAGGUAUUGACUCUGCUGAUAAACUCUGCGUACAAGCCAAGCCGGGUGCUGAGAGAGCUGCAGCUGGACCAGGAGAGCCGCUGGCAGGGCUAUGGAGAGACACUCAAAGCAAAGUACAAGGGGAAGAGUUACCGGGCCACUGUGGAGAUAGUGCGCACUGCAGACCGUGUGGCCGACUUCUGCAGGUUAACCUGCAUCAAGCUGGAGUGCUGCCCAAACCUGUUUGGACCUCGCAUGGUUCUGGAGCGCUGCUCUGAGAACUGCUCUGUCCUCACCAAGACCAAAUACACAUAUUACUAUGGUAAGAAGAAGAGUAAACGUGUGGGCCGUCCACCGGGGGGCCACUCCAACCUGGAGGGUGGAGUGAAGAGAAGAGGGAGGAAGAGGAAGAGGAGGAAGCAGCUCUUUGUCCAUAAGAAGAGACGCUCCUCAGCCUCCGUGGAUAACACACCUGCUGGUUCUCCACAGGGCAGUGGAGAGGAAGAGGAUUUAGAUGAAGACGAUUCUCUGAGUGAAGACUCCGGCUCAGAGCUGCAGGACGAUCUCCAGGAUGAUUCUGAACAAUCUGUUGGGAAGUCUCAGCCCACCACACCCUCCCCCUCCCCACCAGCGACACCCAGGCCCACACGCCGACGCCGGAAACCACGCUCACCCUCUUUCUCUGAUGAUGAGAACCGCCCUCCCUCACCAAAGACCUCAAAGACUGAGCCUCCUCAGAAGCUGUGUUUGGACACCAGCCCCCUGGAGUGGAGCAUUACUGAUGUAGUUCGCUUCAUCAGGAGCACUGACUGUGCACCUCUUGCAAGGAUUUUCUUGGACCAGGAGAUUGACGGACAAGCUCUGCUCCUGCUGAACCUCCCGACGGUGCAGGAGUGCAUGGACCUGAAGCUGGGACCGGCCAUCAAGCUGUGCCACCACAUCGAGAGGGUCAAACUGGCAUUUUAUCAACAGUUUGCCACGUAACUGACGGGGAAUGAACAUUGAUGGACACGAUUACAUCCUGUUUUGUGAAUUAAUCCUGUGAAAACACUGUAUUUUCCCAUUUUGACUUUUCUUACACUGGAUAUCCUUUAGAAUCCUGCAUUUACAUGAGGCGUGAACACCAGAGGGUGGAGGGACAUGUCCUGAUCCUGGAGGAGGGAAUAGAAAGCAAAGUAGAGAUACUGAUCCAAAACAGUUGCGGGUCUCUCUUUAUGAGAGAAUAGCACAGGGAAGGACUGAAAGAGGAGAAUUCAAGGCCCUUCUUUGUCAUAAAUAAAUCUAAAAGCCUUUUUAAAUCCAACACAUUUUUCCUUCAAUCUAUAAUGGCACAAAAUGCUUUUAAGAUAAAACGAUUCGGUUUCUCGCCAUGUACUAACAAUCAUUUCUUUACUCUUUUGUGUCUUCUGAAUGCCUUGGAUUCUCCGCUUUUAUUCCUCUUUUUUUUUAACAUUUCAUUUUUCUUUGAGGAAAGGUAAUUGAGCACCAGUGCUGCGACUCCAUUGGUCUGUUGUGUCCAUUCAUGACCUCCAGCGUGCCUUGCUUUCUCUAAAAAGGGAACGGCACUGAAUCACAGCGUUUACUUGUCACAGUUUGACCUCAGAGUAUUUGACAUCUGCUGGUCAACAUUCAUUAUUGUCUGCUGGAGUCAGAAAAACCUGGUGUUUUCACAAUUAAGUAGUUUUACAUCAAAAAGAUAAACAUUUCUUUGUACUCGAGAUAUGACAGCCCACUUACUGAAGCACUUAAAAUCAACAAAACAAUUUUUCACUUCAUAAGCUCCAGGCUGUAUCUUGGAUCUAGGAAGUGAGGGGUCCUUUUUGUUUUUAGUUGCAACAUUCUAUUUGGCCUAUUAAUUGAUAAUUAAUACAUUUAUAAUUAAUUUUACCCAGAUAAAACUACAAGUUCCAUACAUUUAAAGCAAGUUGCAAGUUUUUUGAAAGCUAAGGGUAAUAUUAAGCUUGAUACACGGUCAUUGCUAAUCUGAGUGUGUGAGUCAUUGUGAGCGGUUGACAGAUUGUUGUUUUAGUGUGAACACCAGACACAUGUCUGCUCAACAACAAAUGCAAUAUGUUCAUCUCAUUACAUCAACUUGCUUUCUCCUACAAGUUUCUGUUAAGACCAGUCUACAGUGCGAGGAUUCAGUAAUGGAAGCACAAGCAACACCAUCGACUGUUGGAGGGUAUGCAAAUAUGACAGUGCAUGUUUGUAUAUAGUGUAAAUAAUGAAAUAUCUUUAAGUGCAACAGGGUGUUAAGAAAAAACUAUUGAGCAAUUAACUUUCUGAGCAAAUGCCCUAAAUACACAGGCACAUGAUGUUUGCACAUAAUAUGACAACUCCUCCUCACACAGGGAGAGGUUUUAACAAUUUCAGCUUCAGUUGAUUAUUUGAGCCAUUUCAUAUCUUUGAAUAGUUGUUAUUUUUAAACAAUUUAACUUGAUGGGCAGUUUUGAAGCGAGAAGCUUUUCUCUAAAUGUUUUUGUAUCUAAGUUGUUCCUCUUUUUACCAGUUCCUGUAGCGUGGUUUACUGUCGUGUGCUGGAUUUUUGUGUUUGAAAACCCUGCUGUGGGAGUUGUUUACUCGUGUGCUUGUACUUACUGCAAUGGAACAUAUUUUUAUCUCAUGUUUAAAAAAAAAAAAAUUAUGACAGCUAUUUAAUGAGAAAUCUGCAAUAAGAAAAUAAAAAAAUUACAAUCAAAA